AUGAGGACUCUCUCUCUCUCAGAGGAUUCAGUCACUGCAGAAGCUCCUGCACCAGACUCUCUCUCUCCGGCAGUUGGGUGCAGUGUCACGGCGAUGGAGCUCCUCUCUCUACCGUCCUCUCUUUCAUUCCUUACCCACCAGCAGCCACGACGAGGAAAUUCAAUUCAGGAAACCUUGUUCUCCGUUUUGGGUCUUGAUUUCUGCACCGCCGCCGCCGUCGUCUUCGCCAUGGUGAAGUAUUCCAGGGAGCCCGACAACCCGACCAAGUCAUGCAAAGCCAGGGGAUCUGAUCUCAGAGUUCACUUCAAGAAUACAAGAGAGACAGCCCAUGCUCUGAGGAAAAUGCCUUUGUCGAAGGCCAAAAGAUACUUGGAGGAUGUUCUUGCCCACAAACAAGCUAUUCCUUUCACAAGAUUCUGUCGUGGGGUCGGCCGCACUGCUCAGGCAAAGAAUCGCCAUUCAAAUGGACAAGGACGUUGGCCUGUUAAAUCAGCAAAUUUUAUUCUUGACUUGCUCAAGAAUGCUGAGAGCAAUGCAGAAGUCAAAGGCUUGGAUGUAGAUUCACUUUACAUAUCUCACAUCCAGGUGAACCAAGCAAGGAAACAGAGGCGUCGGACAUACCGUGCCCACGGGAGAAUCAACCCUUACAUGUCAUCUCCCUGCCAUAUUGAGUUGAUCUUGUCAGAAAAAGAAGAGCCAGUUAAAAAGGAGCCUGAAACCCAGCUGGCUCCCAAGAAGACAAAAUAG